GUGGGAUUAAAAAGAAGGAUUUUCCGAUCACGUUACAGUGUUGUUUGGCCUUUCGAAGGUCCCCGCCACUCAGUGUUGUGAAGCCCAGGUAGUUGUGUUGUAGAGUUUGCAGUGACCUCAGCUGAGGUGUAGACUGCCGUUCCUCUGGUGGGAUUGCCAGUUCAUCUCGUCUCACUUGGCACCACAAGCAGGGAUGACGGCCUACAAGUUGAAUGCCAAUGUGCAUAUGUAUCCUUAUACACAUGUGUAAUUUACCACUGGCACCAGAGAUUCCAUGUGCACGGCAGAGAAACUCAAAAUCUCCUGACAGGAAAACUCUGGUUGACUUGUCCCUGUGUGUGCACAAGCCAGUCAUAACUGUGUAGUAGGCAUUAAGUCUCUACCUCCACAUUAACUCUUGCAGGUCUGAUACUUGUUCUGAGUACCGGUCCAGAGCAAUGUGGAGGUUUGUGAGAGUGUCGCUGGCCUCAAACAUGGCUAUUAUGCAGCUGUUUUUCUGUGAGUUGGGGUUUUCCACAUUCAAAAGUUGGAAAUUCAGUUUGAAUGUAGAUCCUCCUUUAUCACCCCCCAAUUUGAUCCAGAUCUCUUCCUCUGGAAUCAGGCCAUUGUGCCAAGUUAGUUUUCCAAGCCUAUUGUGGAUGAGGUUUAAUAUAAUGUAUUGAGUAUAAAUCUAUACAUAUUGCACAGGACCUGUCAUUCUGGUCUAAGAGCUCUUCCACUUUCGAAACCAGAUGUGGAAUGUAUGCAAGGGGAGCUGGUCUGAGUUCCUCUCCUCCUCUUUUCAUUGGGAAGGAAAAUGGCACAGCUUCACAGAGGACUUCAGUUGAGACCAGCCGGGUGCUGGUUUGUCUGAGGUUUCUCUCACUCUCAAUCUGCACACCCCACAACUUGAGCCAUCUACAUAUUUUACUGCGCAAGGUGUUCCAUGGAAGGUGGAGGUCUGCCUUCAGGGCUAAGCUUGGGAGAUCAGGGAUGCGAACAGGUCGAUUUGGUAGCAGUUGCUCUCUCUCAGCCUUUCCUAGUCUACUGAUUUCAUCAGAGAGCUGGGUCUGGCUGCUACCACCACUGGAAAUACUCCUGUGCUGCUCUAUCUCGUCACUCCGUCGUCUCUUUGUGCGAGCACUCGAUUCAUCGGAAGUAACAUGUGCUUUUGUUACCUUGCUGACUAAGCAUCUUUCGGACCAGGUGCCCAGCUGUCCUCUCUUCCAGUGAUAUGAUCUGUGUGUUCAGUGGCUGUUGAAGAAGUUGCUGAACUGUCAGACCCUGUGAUGCAUCUACAACAUGUCCUUUACAGCUGCUGGCGAUGUGGAGGUUGAGAUUCUCGAGCUGAACUGGUUUGUCACAAAUGCAUCGUAGAACAAGCUUCAAGAGAAGCUUGUUGAAGAUGGGUGACACUGAAACAGCACUGCCUGGGUCAUGCUCAGCACCACAUGAAAGACAGUUAUCCCCUCUGUGACUCACCCAAAGCAAGCAGUUCAUGCACAUUGUUGUUUUGCAGGGCAGCUCCACUGGUUGGUUAGCAAUGCACUGGCAGAAUGGACACUGCAGAUCUUCCAAGGAGACCGAUCCUGUUGGUGGCUGAAAGAACCGAUCAAUGGAGAGAGAAAGUUGAGCGCAUGCGACCUUCGGACCAGCACUCUCUUGAAGGUGGUGGAACGUGCUCUGGGGAAUCUUGAUAACCUUUCGUGGUCUUCCGCCUUUAGACUGUUUCUCACAGUGCUUGCACAGUGCGCAGCGAGUGCUAUGCUCCAUGAAGGGGAACGGAAUCAGAGUAGAGCUUACAGUGCCUGCCUCAAUCUUCUUCAUUUUUGCAUAGCAGUUAUUGCAGGUAGAUGGUGGAUGUAUGUUCUCCCUGUCAAGAUUGGUGUCUAUCCCUAAGCAGUGUGAGAAGAGUGGCUUGCACAUUUCACCCUUGCAUGAAUAGUGUACCCGUCCUAGUGUCUGUAAGCACACUCUGCAGCGCUCGCGUAGGUAACUUUUGUGGGCCCCUGCUUGUUGCAUUCUUACAAUUAGCACAGAGUAGCGGUGACUAGCGGGCAGCAGGGACUUCCCCGAAGAGCUUGGUGGAGUCGGGUGUCAAAGGAAAACUUCCUCUUUGUGGUGGGACCGGAGUAAACGCGGACACUUU